AUGUCUGUGCUCGGAUGGCAGAAGCCGGUCUUCCGUUUGGCUGGUCGAGGCAACCAGCCGGGCGAUGAUCUGCAAGCCGAUCUCGGCGACGGUGAAACUGAGGCAGCCGGUGGAGGCGGCGGGUCUCGGGUAUCGGCACGCUUGGGCAGAGAUGGCGGCCAGCCGGACUGUCUUACUGGCCGGCUGGCUGGGGUGCCUUGUGUCGGGACAGACGUCUCGCCUCAGACGGUCUCAGAGCGGCUAGAUUCAUUGCCGAGACAACUCGACGGGUAA